GGCCUCCAAAGUCCAAAUCAGAGAUAAAGAUCAAACUCUAAAGACCAUGCUUCUUCUCUACCUCUAGCCUCCCAACUUUCUAAACAAAAUCUCAGCUGGUGUUUGAACUCAUGGUUGUUGUGCAAGCCUCCAAGAUCAAUCUGCCAACACCUUCUUCGCUUUACUACCCACAAACAACCUCCUUUCUCUUUGAACCCCACUCCCUCUCCCUUGCCCUCAUGCACUCUGACUCCUCGUUUUCCCUCUUUUCUUCCCUUUCCUUUCCCCUUCUUUCCUUACCCCAGGCUCUCACUAUCCCUUCUCCUUCCUCUUCCUCCUCUUUCCUCCUCCUUCAAGAAACCCAGGAAGACCCCAAUCCUAGAGUCCUCUUCAUUGUUGGAGGUCCGCAUAAAGGUACCUCCAAGGUCCUCCUCAGGUUUUAUCUUUUAAGGAAUAAUGAAAGUAAGGUUUUUGAUAGGGCAAAGGUUGUUAGCAAGCAAAAGGGUAUUGAUUUUGAUGAUAAAGUUGGAGUUUUGUUGGAUGUUAAUCAUGGGAUGAAGAUUUCCAUUGUUGGGUCGGUUAAUUUUUUCGCGUUGUAUUCACUUUCGGACGCCAAAGUUCUGAUUUUUGGGGUUAAAUUGGUGGGGGAUGAUGAUGCGGUUGCGGUGAAGCUGAUGAGGUGUGCUGUGAUUGAGUGCUGCAGGCCGGUUUUUUCCAUGAGUAUUUCUUUUGGGUGGUUGAUUUUGGGGGAAGAAAAUGGGGUUAGGGUUAUAGAUUUAAGGGGUUUGGUGAAAGGGAAGACGAGAAGAGUAAAAAAUUUGGCUUCCAAAGAGAAAUUACUGAACGUGUCGAAUUCUCUGAUUCGAGAUGGUGAUGACUUUGGUGGAUCAAGUUCAGAGAUUCCUUGCAACGGUUCUUUGGAUGGGAAAAUUGAAAAGCAUUGUGUUUCUGGUACUUCUUUUUGUCCAGGUAGUGGGGCUACUCAUAUUAAGCAAGCAAAGCUAAGGUCUAUAAAAUACAUACAAGAAACUGAUGAAAGUGGUGCAUGUUUUGUGGCAUUUAAGGAAAAGGAGGUUAAGGGCUUGGAAUCUACAGCAUUGCCAAAGAUGUCUGUGAAGACAAUUUCAAUCCAAGCACUAUCACCCAAGAAAUUCUUGAUCUUAGAUUCUUCUGGAGAACUAUGUAUCUUGAAUGUGCAUAAAACUGCUGUUGGAUUCAAUAUCUCUUGUCAACUUAGGCAAUUGCCACAGAGUCUGAAAGUGCAGAAGUUGGCAGUUUUCCCUGAGAUGUCCUCAAGAAUACAAACUAUUUGGAUAUCAGAUGGAUACCAGUCGGUGCAAAUGAUGGACAUUGAUACUACCUAUAAUGAAGAUGAUGGAAGUGAGAGUGAGGGAAAGCUAAUGCAAACCUCAGUUAGUCAAGCAAUUUUUACUAGUGAAAAAGUCCAGGACAUGAUACCCACAGCUGCAAAGAGCAUUUUGAUCCUCGGACAAGCAAGAAGCUUGUAUGCAUAUGCAGUUUCUUGAAGUUGUUUUGCAACAUCCUCUUUCCUGUGGACAUGAUGCUGAGGGCCCUGUUAUGUUUUGCCACUUUGAGUGUGUUCCUGGACCAGUGUUCUUAUAAUAACUUCUGUUGGCCAUUUUGUAGUUCUUUAGCACCAUGGUUUCUGAAGUCAACGGCUGCAGUUAUCUCAUAGACCUGAUGGUGCUUAAGAGCUUGAGAUACCUGGUCUUGAAGAGAAUCAUGGGAACAGUCAGAUGCCUGUCAAUGGAGUUCUGAAUCCAGAAAAAUCAAAUCUCCUGAACAACUGGGAAAGCAACAUCUGCUGCACAGGCUGCUUCCGGUGGCUCAAAAAUUUACAACGGCUAUAUAAUCCAGUUGUUUGCUGCCUUCAACCUGUGUUUAACUGUGGAGCUCAAAAUGAAUCUUGGUUUGUCAACCAGAUGAGUGAGGCAGCACCAAUCAAACAUUGUAAUGUGAGAGAGCUUCAGUUGAUACUCUGUUGCCAGCUAGCAUUUGAUUUUAUGGAUUUCCAAGAAUUUAAACAAGGGUUUUUUUUUUUUUUUUCUUGACCAUUAAAAUUAAAACAGAAAA